GUUACUCAAGAGAGUUUACGGCUCUUACCUCGUGGCUCCUGAGGAUGGGUACAAUGUAUCUCUGCUGUUUGAUCUGGAAAAUAUUCCAGCCAACAAGGACGAAUUGGUGCACCAAGCUGGCAUGCUGAAAAGGAAUUGCUUCGCCUCUGUCUUUGAGAAGUACUUUAACUUCCAGGCAGAGGGCAAGGAAGGAGAGAAACGCGCACUGAUCCACUACCGUGAUGAUGAGACUAUGUACGUGGAGGCAAAAAAGGAUCGAGUGACGGUGGUCUUCAGCACAGUAUUCAAGGAUGACGAUGAUGUUGUGAUUGGGAAGGUCUUCAUGCAGGAAUUCAAAGAAGGUCGGAGAGCCAGUCACACUGCUCCCCAAGUGCUGUUCAGUCACAGAGAACCUCCUCUGGAGCUGAAGGACACUGAUGCAGCAGUGGGUGACAACAUUGGCUACAUCACUUUUGUGCUGUUUCCUCGACACACCAAUCCAAACACUCGUGACAAUACCAUCAACCUGAUCCACACCUUCAGGGAUUAUCUGCAUUACCACAUUAAGUGUUCCAAGGCUUAUAUCCAUACUCGUAUGAGGGCCAAGACCUCAGACUUCCUGAAAGUGCUGAACCGUGCACGGCCAGAAACUGAGAAAAAGGAGAUGAAGACAAUGUCGGGGAAGACAUUUUCAGCCCGAUAAUAAAUCUUUGGGCCGAUGAGCCUGAAGCUGAUACUUGUGCAGAUCUCCAGCAUGGGGUCAGAGGGAGCCCUGUCGGGGGCAAACCGGGAAUUUUUUCUGAUUAUGGGAGCUGGUUCCCAGCAGAGCUUUGCUUGCAGUUAACUCCUGUCGUCUUUGGUGCCUAGGCAGACUCAUGAUUGACAAAUUUUUCCACCUUUCAUCUACUUCUCUUCUCCUUAUCCAUUACUGUUAUGCUGUUGCUUCCCAUGGCCAUUAACACUGAAUACAGGAUUUGACUCACCAGGGAUGGUGCGCCUGCAAAAGUGGCAGAAACUGUAAGCACGUCCAAAAGAAUAAAUCUUUUAUAUGACA